AUGACUCGAAUCGGCCCUCAUAUCGAGACCGAUGCCAUUGUCAUCGGUGGUGGCUUCGGAGGAUGCAAUUCCCUCUAUAAGCUACGCAAUCUCGGCCUCUCUGUCAAGCUUAUCGAAGCUGGUAGUGCCUUUGGAGGAGUUUGGCAUUGGAACAGAUACCCUGGAGCUCGUGUGGACUCGGAAACACCCGCGUAUCAGUUCAAUAUUCCUGCCGUCUGGAAAGGGUGGAAUUUCUCGGAGCGAUUCCCGGGUGACGAAGAACUGCGACGAUAUUUUCAGCAUGUGGAUAACGUUCUGGAUCUUAGCAAGGAUGCAUUCUUCAACACUAUUGUGACAAAAACCGAAUACGAUUCUGUUGCACGCCGGUGGACUUUGCAGACCAACACGGGCUUGACGGCCACCUGCAAGUACGUCAUCGCUGCGACUGGAUCUUCGUACAAGAAGCAUUACCCGCAAUUCAAGGGCUUGGAGUCGUAUAAUGGGGCACUGGUGCAUGCGGCUGAUUAUCCAAAGUCUUUGGAUGUGACGGGCAAGCGCGUUGGGGUUAUCGGAAAUGGUGCAUCUGGCCUCCAGAUCGUGCAAACUUUGGCCAAAGAAGACUGCGAGCUCAAUGUUUUCAUCCGCACACCCUGCUUCACUAUCCCCAUGCAUCAACGCUCUAUUGCACCAGAAGAAGCUGAGAUGAUGAAGGGUUACUACGACGGUAUCUUUGACCGCUGCUACAAAUCUGCCUCUGGAUUUCCCCACAACGCCCGUUAUCAAUCGGCUCAUCAGGCUUCGCCCGAAGAGCGGAAAGAGCUCUUUGACGAGCUUUGGGCUCGCGGUGGAUACAGCUUCCUCGUCUCAAACUACUAUGACUUCCUGCUGGACGAGAAGACCAAUGGCAUUUUCUACGACUACUGGGUCCAGAAAGUGCGCAAGCGCAUGACGAAUACCGAAAAGAUGGACCUGGUGGCUCCAUUGAAACAGCAUAUGCUUGUGGGAACAAAGAGACCCAGUCUGGAGCAGGAUUACUAUGAGAUGAUUGAUCGUCCCAACGUUAUCCUCCAUAACCUCAAAAAGUCGCCUAUUGUCGAGUUUGAUGCUUCUGGAAUUGUGACCGGCGAUGGGGAUCUUACUCGACAUCACGAUCUCGACGUCGUCAUUUUUGCGACUGGCUACGACGCUGUCACUGGUAGCCUUUUAGACCUCGGGAUCACGGACAAGAACCAGCAGUCACUGGCUGAAAAAUGGACGAACGGUGUGUUUACUCACCUGGGACUUAUGGUCCCGGAUACCCCCAACUUGUUCAUGGUGUACGGUCCCCAGGCACCGACGUCUCUGGCAAACGGACCACCCUUCAUUGAGAUGGAGGUGGAUUGGAUUUGCAAUGCCAUCGAGAAGAUGCAAAAGGAAGGAAUCGAUUCGAUCGAGCCUACGCAGCAGGCGGCUGACCAAUGGCGUGAGCAGGUUUUCCAAGCCAGUCAACGAACUCUGUACCCUAAGACAGAUUCGUGGUAUAUGGGCGCAAAUAUUCCUGGGAAGCGACGAGAGCCUCUUAUCUGGCUUGGUGGGAUGCCGAGUUGGUGGAAGUGCUGCACAGAGGCGCUGGAGAACUGGGAUGGAUUUCAUACAUCGUCGUGA